AUGCUUCGCUGGCUCGUCAACUUCGGCUUCCUGGCCCUUCCCAUAGGUGUCACCAUCGGCAUCCUGCUCGGCCUCCAAGCACAGCGACACGCCACCGGCGGACCGCCCUUGUUCCAGCCUCCCGACCAGCCUGGCGGCGCGCCCCCCGUCAACAACAAGCUCACCUACGUCCAGUCCUGCAGGAAGGAGGAUGGCAUACAUCCCAAGGUCAAGGAUGGCUACCAAGAAUUCACACUGAAUCCCAAUCAGUGGGGUACCAAGGCGGGAGACCCCGGCUUUUUGUGCAUGAACGUGACUACGUUCAACAACCAGACAUAUCCUACCAAGCACACGGCGCCAGAGUGGACCAUCUGGUGGCAGUAUGACCCUAUUAGCGGCUCGGGAAACAAUGUGCACGCCUUCCCCAACGUUAAGGUCGAUGGCAACGUGUUCCCGCAGGCCGUCAAGGAUGUGUCCCAGAUCGACUUCGACAUGCAGUGGCGGAUGAGACUGGACAAUGAGACCGGCCCAACGGACACGGACGCAUUGACAAAGGGAAACGUCAACGCCAACGUGGCAGUCGACAUGUUCUUGGAUACAGACAAGGCCUCGGCGCAGUCGAGCGAAAAGGCCAAGUUCGAAAUCAUGAUCUGGUUUGCCGCCCUCGGUGCGGGAACCAAGGCUGUAAAUGAGCAGGCCGGCAACGAGGUUGCAAAGUACACGUUCAACGGCACGGAUUUCGAUCUGUUCGCCGGCAAGAACGGAAAUGGGCAGAUGGUGCUCACGUGGAAAGCGCAGAAGACCAUGGAUGACUUCCACGGCAACCUGUACCCCUUCAUCGAGGAGAUCCUGAAGCUCAAGAACGCCGACUACAUCACCGACAGCCACUACCUGGGAUACCUCAGUUUCGGCUCCGAGGCGUACUUUUCCGCCGACCCCGUCACAUUCCAUGUACCAUCAAUGGCGAUUAACGUACAGAAAGCAUAA